CACAAUUUAUGCAACCCAUCUGAAUUCCAAUUCUAAUAACCAAACAACAUGGCUACCUUCAACUCUUUCUUUCUUCUUCUAUCCACAUUCCUACCUUUCUUCCUCUUGCUACUCAACACUGUUAACUCCGCUGAAUUCGUUUCAUUCUCCUUUCCCAAAUUCGAGACAGACCAAGAGAAUCUCAUCCUUCAAGGCGAUGCCGUUGUUCGACCAAAUGGAAAACUAGAACUCACAAGAGUAGACAGUGGCAACCCAAUCUCAGGUUCACUUGGCCGUGCUCUCUACUCCGCCCCUAUCCGCAUUUACGACGCCAACACAGGUAACAUUGCAAGCUUCACCACUUCCUUCUCUUUUCUCAUCGACGUUCCACGCAGACCCGAUUCUGCAGACGGUCUUGCUUUUUUCCUAGCACCAGUAAACUCUCAGCCCCAAAAACCAGGAGGAUUUCUUGGCCUUUUCCAAGACAAAAACUUCAAUAAAUCAAACCAGAUUGUUGCUGUUGAAAUCGACACGUUCAUUAACGACGAGUGGGAUCCUCAAGGUCGACACAUUGGGAUCGAUGUCAAUUCUGUUAACUCUAUCAAGACUACACUCUUCGCUUUGGCCAAUGGCCAGGUUGCUGAUGUUGUCAUAACUUAUCAAGCUUCCUCUAAGACUUUAACUGCCUCGUUGGUUUACCCUUCUCGUGAAACCAGCUACAUUGUUUCUUCUGUGGUUGAUUUGAAGGAAGUGCUUCCGGAGUUUGUUAGUGUUGGAUUUACCGCUACGACCGGAUUGUCCGAAGGUUUCGUUGAAUCACAUGAUAUUCUUUCUUGGUCUUUUGAGUCCAGGUUGCUGGAUAGUAACACUGAUGCUUUGAACAACAAUGUUGCAACCAAUGCUGUGCGUGAUGCGUGAUUGGAUGCGGGAAUGAAGAAAAUAAAAUUGUAAUAAGACCUGUAACAAUGGUCACAAUAAUGUUUAAAUCAUGAUGUACCUCCCAGAAUAUGAAAUCUUGUAAUACUAUUUCUAUUUCAUAGUAAUAAUUCUCUCUUUUGCAAACAAAAAACAUUGCACCAAAAAAUUGUG